AUGGCUACAGACCUGGAACAGCUGCUCGAGAUGGGCUUCGACAAGGCUCGAGCCGAGCUUGCCGUCAAGAGACCGGGUGGCCUUCAAGGCGCGCUGGAGUGGCUGGAGAAGAACGAGGACAAGCCUAUUGACGAGCUUCAGGCCGAUGCCGCCGAGGAGGAUGAUGAUGCAGCUACCCAGGCCAAGAUCGCCGAGCUGGAGACCGGCCAGGCCAAGUCCAUGGUCUGCAAUGAGUGUGGCAAAAAGUUCAGGAGCAUCAAUGCGGCUGAAUUUCAUGCUUCCAAGACUGAGCACACCGACUUCUCAGAGUCAACGGAGGAGAUUGCUCCCUUGACUGAGGAAGAGAAGAAGGCUAAACUGGAGGAGCUUAGAGAGCGAGUCAGGGCUAAGAAAAGCGCAGCAUCAGUCAAAGACAAGGAGGAAGCGAAAGAGAACGAGAGAAUUCGCCAGAAGUCCACCAAGGAAUCUCAGGAAGCCAAGGAGGAGCUCCAGCGCAAGGAACAGAUGAAAGAGGCAGCCCGCAAGCGCCAGGAGAAGCUCGAUGAUAUUGAGGCCAAGAAGCGCAUCAAGGCAAAGAUUGAGGCUGACAAGGCCGAGCGUCGGCGUAUUGCGGAGGAGGCCAAGGCAGCUCGUGAAGGACGCCUUCCCGACGCGGCUCCCGCGCCAGCUCCCGCUGCUGCUGCGGCCCCCAAGCCCAAGUCGAAUCACAACGAGGCCAGGCUCAGACUGCAGACUGACUCGGGAAAUAUUGUCAAGACCUUAUCUGCUGAGACCACCUUGUUUGAGGUUGCGCAGCAGCUACAAAGUGAGACUGGGGCAGCUGUAACCAGCUUUACGAUGACGUUCCCACGCAAGGUAUUCCAGGGAGAUACGGACAUGUCCAAGACUCUCAAGGAGGCUGGGCUCGUGCCAUCUGCUGUCUUGAUUGUCAAAUAG